AUGUUUUGUGUUUUUGAAGCAAAAUUAGCGACAAACAAACUUGAUGAUUUGGAUAGUUUUCAUAACCAUAUUUGGUCAGGGCAAGCAUUCUCACUGAAAGUUGAUGAAGUACUCGCUCACGAAAGGAGCAAAUAUCAGGAUAUUUUAAUUUUCAAGAGCAGCACACAUGGAAACGUGCUAGUUCUUGAUGGCGUGAUUCAGUAUACGGAGCAUGACGAAUUUGCUUAUCAAGAAAUGAUUACUCAUUUAGCGAUGUUUUCUCAUCCGCUACCUCGGAAAGUACUAGUUAUUGGUGGUGGCGACGGUGCUGUUUUGAGAGAAGUGCUGAAGCAUGAUUGUGUAGAGUCAGUAACGAUGUGUGAAAUUGAUGAAACAGUAAUCAAUCUUUCAAAGAAAUUUCUCCCGCAAAUGUCUUUCGUAUUUAGUAGUCCGAAAUUGAAACUUGCUAUUCAGGACGGAUUUGAUUUCGUGAAGGAACACAAAGAAGAAUUUGACGUGGUCAUAACCGAUUCAUCUGACCCAAUAGGUCCGGCGACGAAACUUUUCAGUGAAACUUAUUACGGUUUAAUCAAAGAAACGCUGACAGAAAGAGGAGUGCUUUCUUCUCAAGGUGAAUGUCCAUGGCUUGACAUCAAGUUCAUUAGAAAUCUGGUUAAACAUGCAUCGGCUUUAUAUCCUCGUGUUGCUUAUGCAGUUGGGUUUGUGCCCACAUAUCCCUCUGGACAAAUUGGUUAUUUGUUAUGCAGUAAAGAUGAGAAUCUGGAUCUUACCAUACCACGGAAAAUAUUAUCAGACUCUGAAAUUAAACGGAUGGAUUUGAAAUAUUAUAAUUCUGAUAUACAUCGUUCGGCUUUCAUACUACCGCAGUUUAUAAAAGAGGCUUUAUAUAUAUGAUUGAAAAGAAAGAUACUUCGUUCCUAACAUCGUUUAACUUUUCUACUGGAAUUUUUUUGAAGAUUAGCACAAACAAAUAGUUGUGAUAAAGAUUUUGCUGACUGGUGGAGGAUUUUUCUUCGUGUUCGUCAUAGGACAAUUAUCAAAGAAUAUCACGGUAAAUUCGAUCACUAGGUUGUUCUUUGUUGUUGCUCAUAGGGAAAAUUUGAUGGGAAUAUGAUUGGGGUUGUAGUUUUUUUUCUAGUAGAAAUUUGAUGGGGUAUAGGUAGUAACACUGAAUUGAAUCAAAUCGAAGCGCACUGUUAAUCGAGUAAUUUAAGUGAAUCGAUGAGAG